AUGAAAGGGCACUAUGAAGGCUCUGGGAUGGACAAGAAUACCGUGCACGCUAUGGAAGUCAGAAAGCUGGCAAGCAAUGUAAGACUUCCUUUGUUUUUACUCUGAAAUAAUGUACUACAUGACCUAAAGUAUGAACAUCUCAUUCCAAAAUCAUGGGCAUUAAUAUGAAGUUGGUCCACCCUUUACUACUAUAACAGCCUCCACUCUUCUGGGAAGGCUUUUCACUGGAUGUUGGACCAUUACUUACUUCCAUUCAGCCACAAGAGCAUUAGUGAGGUCGGGCACUGAUGUUGGGCGAUUAGGCUCGCAGUCGGCGUUGCAAUUCAUCCCAAAGGUGUUCGAUGGGGUUGAGGUCAGGGCUCUGUGUAGGCCAGUCAAGUUCUUCCACACCGAUCUCGACAAACCAUUUCUGUACGGACCUCACUUUGUGCAUGGGGGCAUUGUCAUGCUGAAACAGGAAAGGGCUGUUGCCACAAAGUUGGAAGCACAGAAUCGUCUAGAAUGUCAUUGUGUGCUGUAGCGUUAACAUUUCCCUUCACUGGAACUAAGGGGCCUAGCCCGAAUCAUGAAAAACAGCCCCAGACCAUUAUUCAUCCUCCACCAAACUUUACAGUUGGCGCUAUACAUUCUGGCAGGUAGCUUUCUCCUGACAUCCGCCAAACCCAGAUUCGUCCGUCGGACUGCCAGAUGGUGAAGCGUGAUUCAUCACUCCAGAGAACGCGUUUCCAAUGCUCCAGAGUCCAUUGGCUGCGAGCUUUACACCACUGCAGCCGACGCUUGGCAUUGUGCAUGGUGAUCUUAGGCUUGUGUGCGGCUGCUUGGCCAUGGAAACCCAUUUCAUGAAGCUCCCGACGAACAGUUAUUGUACUGAGAUUUCUUCCAGAGGCAGUUUGGAACUCGCUAGUGAGUUUUGUAUCCGAGGACAGACGAUUUUUACGCGCUACGCGCUUCAGCACUCGCCGGUACCGUUUUGUGAGCUGGUGUGGCCUACCACUUUGUGGCAGAGCCGUUGUUGCUCCUAGAUGUUUCCACUUCACAAUAACAUCACUUACAGUUGACCUGGGCCUAUCAAAUAAAUGAUAGAAGUACACCAGAAUACAAAAAUAGCUUUAUUUAGAAAAAUAGGAUUCUGUUGUUGAGCAAUACUAAGGUUUCUUGUACAAGUAUACACUGUUUCUUUAAGACCAACUCUACCACAAUUGCAACUGUAUUAAGUCAUAGAUUAGGUUAGAAUAUAAAUUGUUAGGAUGCACUGCACACUUCUAAUUAGAAAUACACCCAAUAGUAAUUUGAAAACUGUCACCAAUUAUACAUGCGUGUUUACUCAAUAAGUCUCACGUUUAGGUUAUCAAAAAGCAAGCAAGUAUCAAAAUGCAAGCAAGUUAGUUAAGGUUCACUCAAUAAGUUCUACAAUUAUCCUGGCACUGCAAUGCAACACUGUGGGAAGUGGCUCUAAUACUUCGUUUAGGAUCGUCGUUCCACGAAUAGAGUGCCUUCUAUGUCUCUCAGGAAUUAUGCUUGUACAUUUUCAUAAAACAGUUGGAUCACAUACAUCCUUUCCACAUAACCAUGUAAAAAAUUCCAAUAGCAGUUUUUUAUUUAUAAAAUUAUUUGUUUUCUCUGAAAACCCCCCUUUUGGAAUGUCCCACAUUUAUAAUAUUUUUUCUUAAUUUAACCUCGAGCUAGGAAAGCAUGUUUGUUAUGAAGUUGAACAUGUGAUCUUUAUAACAGAAUGUUAAAAUUGCGUGAAAUAUAGUUAUGUUUUUACAAAAUUACACUACCAGAAAGACACUCUAAUCGUGGAAUGGAUAAGCAAUUACAAUUAGUGAAUCCUUAGAUUCACAUCAGUUUCACCAAGAACCACCCAGAGCGGUCUGCUUCAGCUUCACCAUGAUGUUCAACCUCAUUCAAACAAAGCAGGCACAUGGAUAUGACCCAAGGUAAAGGAGUCUCUCCAAGUGCCUGAUUUUAGAAUUCACUUUAUAUAGGGAAGUCAGGAAAUUAGUCAGGACCUUUUAAGGUCCUGCCUGAUACAUAAAGGUUGACCAUCUAAGGCCCUACCUCUUAUACAUGCAUACAAAUUCACGUGGGUGGCCCCAGUGCGAAUAGAACCUAUGAUCCUGAAGUUGCAAGUGCCAUACUCUAAGCCUCAGAGGACUGAGCCACACAGGAUCUUUCUUUAAUUUCUCUUUUUCAUGGUGUAGUUUAUUUUAUUGGUAAAUGUGGCACAUAUAAUGUAUUAUUCCAUCAGCCAUCAGUACUCAGCUCUCUGUGUUCUGUCUCAUGCAUGCCUGUAUAUCUGUAUUGCCCCCCUCUAUGGCUGCUGGGGAUCAAUAACGUUUAUUCAAAUGUUGCUGUGCACUGCAGAUUGCCUACAAGCAGGAGUAUGAGCAGGAGAAAACUGACCAUGUGGAAUACAACUACCCAGCCACCAUCACACCAGGCUACCAGAGUCAGAGGAAACUGGAUCCACUCAAGGACGUGAGUUUCCCCUUCGCCUCAAAUAAGUUUAACAUGGCUCUCAUAUCAAACAUAGUAACCAAAACCAGUCAACAGGGUGCUUUCUCAGAUAGCAAAACAGAAAGCAGAACAUUUUGAUUGGGUUCCUCUUCAGGUCUGUAUAUUUAAAUAGUGGGCUAUUUUAAAGAGGCAAACUUAGGGGGGUCUAGUAGCUGGGUAAACCAUUUAAAACUUGGAUCAUCCACUAUACUAGACUAAAAUAUAGAGUGAGCUCAACCCAUGAUAUCUAAAUCAUAACCGCACCGUUGACUUCACAUCUUCUCAAUUGCAGCAACAUCUGCUCUUUUUGUAUUUGUAUUUAUGGGUCCCCAUUAGCUGCUGCCAAGGCAGCAGCUACUCUUCCUGGGGUUCAGCUAAAUUAAGGCAUUUAUAAAAAAUUUUAAAACAUUACAAUACAGAUUUCACAACACAUUAAGUGUAUGCCCUCAGGCCAAAACUCUACUACCACAUAUCUACAACACAAAAUCCAUGUGUACGUGUGUGUAUAGUGCGUAUGUUAUCGUGUGUGUGUAUGCAUGUGUCUGUGCCUAUGUUUGUGUUGCUUCACAGUCCCCGCUGUUCCAUAAGGUGUAUUUGAAUCUGUUUUUUAAAUCUAAUUUUACUGCUUGCAUCAGUUACUUGGUGUGGAAUAGAGUUCCAUGUACUCAUGGCUCUAUGUAGUACUGUGCGCCUCCCAUAGUCUGUUUUGGAAUUGGGGACUGUGAAGAGACCUCUGGUGGCAUGUCUUGUGGGGUAUGCAUGGGUGUCUGAGCUGUGUGCCAGUAGUUCAAACAGAGCUCGGUGCAUUCAACAUGUCAAUACCUCUCACAAAUACAAGUAGUAGUUAAGAUGGCAGAGCAGCGCUUUAUUAUGGACAGACUUCUCCCCAUCUUAGCUACUGUUGUAUCAAUAUGUUUUGACCAUGACAGUUUAUAAUCCAGGGUUACUCCAAGCAGUUUAGUCACCUCAACUUGCUCAAUUUCCACAUUAUUCAUUACAACAUUUAGUUGAGGUUUAGGGUUUAAGUGAAUGAUUUGUCCCAAAUACAAUGCUUUUAGUUUUUGAAAUAUUUAGGACUAACUUAUUCCUUGCCAAUUAAUUCUGAAACUAACUGCAGCUCUUUAAGUGUUGCAGUCAUUUCAGUCACUGUGGUAGCUGACUAUCUUUUUCAUCCUUCCAUCUCUGCUGCUUUUCACCCCUUCGCAUUUUAUCAUGCUUUUCGAAAGGCACAAUUGCUAACGUUCAUAAAGUCCUGCCCUGAACUUAUUUGUCAACUGUGUGCGUAUGUCUCACACCUAACACAUCCCACCAUCUAUGGUUUUGGGGGCAGUUAUCCUUACCACAGGAUUCAAAUAACUCAGUGGUAGAAAAAAUAUGUUCAGAGGCAGCACUACAGAUGUUUCUUUAAGUACUGCAUCUUUUACCCUGAUACAUUAAUAAUUGAUUGCAUCUCUGAUCUCCCCAUGUAGAAGAACUACAGACAGCACAUUGACCAAGUCAAGUACAGCUCGGUGACAGAUACCCCUGACAUCGUCCAAGCCAGGAUCAAUGCUCAACAACUCAGCAAUGUAAGUGCUUCUUGA